GUCACGCAGAUGCUGCUGCUGAAGUUCAAAAUGUUGAAAGCCUUAGCAGAUUUGCCUCGUUUGCCAGCUGCCUUUCAAGAAUACUUAAAGCACGCCAUGGAUCCAGAAAAGUGGUCUAUGGCCCCUCAUGCACUCAUGGGCGCACAGGCUCCUGAGGUGUUCGAAUUGGCGCAGCUUGUGCGCCGAUUCAUGACUGGGGAGCAUGACCGAAUCUUGCAGGCAGCGGUCAACAACAGCCAAAAGGACCGGGUGAUUGCUUGUGGCCAAUGUCGAAAAGCAAAAUCUUUUUGCAUUCCGUUGCAGGAGUCGCACCCAGAGCUGCUGAAUUUGACGAAGGGUCCCAUUGACAAGUUCAAAAUGUCCACCAUGCCAUCGCCGCUAGCAACAGCAGAGCCACCGUCGGCUGAGGCGCCUGACGCCAACGCCGAACCUGAGCUGGCAGCAGACACCGACGGUGAGCCGGUGGUGGAAAGCCUUUCAGAAUCCACUGCCCAGCGAAAGUUCUUGGAAGCGGCAGCCAAG